AUGGAGCCAUCAUCAUCAUUUCCUCCAUCAUCACAAUCACCUCAAUUACAAAAUACUACAACCACAACAACCACAACGACCACAUCAUCAUCACCCAUUAGUAAAAGUAAUAUUAAAAGCUAUAUUAAAAAAUCCAAUAAUUAUAAUAAUAAUUUAAAUAAUUUAAAUAAUAAAAAUAAUAAUAAUAAUAAGGAUAAUAAAAAUAAUAAUUCUAAAAGUACCAAUCUUUUAGAAUUAAAUUGUAUUUGGGAAAAUCAAUUCCCUGCAGUUUUACAACAUUUAACUUUAAUAACAUAUUGGACUCCAAUUUUUAAUAAAUUAUCAAAAAAACAAAAAAAGAAUAUUUGGAAUUUGUGUAAUGUAAUGGCUGAUUUCCAAAAUCAACAAUUAUCAAUAACAGAUCCAAGUCAAAAUCAAAAUCAAAAUAAUAAUAAUAAUAAUAAAAAGAAAGGAUUAAUAGAAUUUUCAAUUUUAUUUAAAAAUUGGAUACAAAAUCCAAUUGAAUAUCAAUCAUCAAUUACAAUUUUCUUUUCAUCAAUUGGAUAUUUGGUAGAAUUAAAUAUUUUAAAAAAUGAUUAUUAUUAUCCUUUAUCAGAUACAUUAGUUUUUUCAAAUAAUUUUGAUUCAAAAAAUCCACUUCAACAUUUACAAUUACAAAAUCCAAGUUUAAAUAUGACAAAACAAAAUAAUUAUUAUAUGGAUUGUUUAAAUAAUUUAAAUAAACAAUAUUUACAAUAUAGUAAUAAUAAUAAUAAUAAUACAAAUAAUAAUAAUAAUAAUAAUAAUAAUAAUAAUUAUAAUAAUAAUAAUAAUAAUAAUAAUAAUAAUAAUAAUAAUAAUAAUAAUAAUAAUAAUAAUAAUAAUAAUAAUAAUAAUAAUAAUAAUACAAAUAAUAAUAAUAUUCAAGUUCAUUUUCAACCAUUACAACAAUUAUAUAAAAAUCCUAUUGGAUCACUUAAAAGAAAUAGUAGUAAUUUAAAAUCAUCACAAUCAUUAAAUCAUAUUACAUCAUCUGCAUAUACUGGUUCUUCAGCAUCCAGUUUUUCAUUACCAACAUCUCCAUUUACCUCACCACAAUUAUUGAGUGGUAAAAAUAAUAUUGAUUGUGCAGAUUAUGAUGAUGAAGAUGAUGAAGAUGAUGAAUUUGAUUCAACUGAUGAAGAAACUUAUAAACCUCCACAAAGUAGCCCAAUUACAAUCAAUAAUAAUAAUAAUAAUAAUAAUAACCAUUAUCAUCACCUCCAUAAUCACCAUAAUAAUAAUAAUCAUUAUAAUCAUUAUCAUCACACUACUACUAGUAAUAAUCAAAUUAAAAAAAAUAUAAACAAUAAUAAUAAUAAUAAUCAAUAUUUAUCACCAAAUAAUCAAUUUAAAAAAAUUAAAAAAGAUCAUUUUUCACCAACAUUUAAUUCCAAUUUGGAUAGUAAUGUACCAUCAUUAUCAGACUGUAGUGGUGUUUCAUCACCAAAUUCAGUGCACAAUUGUAAUACUGAAGAUGAAGAUGGUAUUGAUGAUAUUGAAUCUAUUAAUGAUGAAAUAUUUGAUAGUGAUGAUGAAGAUGAUUUAUCAUCUUCAACAGCAUCUUUAUCAUCAUUCAAAGGUUUAAACUUAACUUCAUCUUUAAAUAAUUUACCACCACAAUCACCAAUUCAAUCACAAUCACAAUCUCAAUCCCAAUCAAAUUCAUUACAACAUACACCAAUAAUUUCUUCAACUUCAAUAUCAACACCAAAUCUUCAUUUAAAUUUAAAUAAUAAUAAUAAUAAUAAUAAUAAUAAUAAUAAUAAUAAUAAUAAUAAUAAUAAUAAUAAUAAUAAUAAUAACAAUAAAUUAAAAAAUUCUGCAAAUAAUGCAGUUCAACCAAUUAAAAAUUUAAUUGAUGAUGCAAUUAAAAAAAAUGGUGAUCAUAUAAUUUCUUCAUUAUCUUAUUCAAAGGGAAGUCUUUUAAGUAGUAAAUCAAUUGAUCAUAUACCCACAAUUACUGUUCCAUUUACUUCUCAAAAAUAUAAUAAUAAUAUAAAAAAUAAUUCAAAUAAGAAAAGCAAAUUAUCAACAUCUUCAUCAUUUUAUGAAAUGUCAACAUCAAGUUCACCAUCAUCAUCUUCAACAAUUUCAAAUUCUGCAAAUUCGUCAUCAAAUUCAAUUUUUAAUACUUUAGAUGCAUUAGCUUUUACUGCAAGUAAAUUUGGUGAAAUUGAAGGUGAUGCAUCUACUAAUCAAUCAACAACAAGUUUAAAUGAAUGUCUUUGA